GUGACGGGAAGCGGCGACGGCGGGGCGGGCAGCCCAGGAGCCGCGGCCGGAGCGGGCGGCGGGGCCCCAGGCCUCGGGCGGCGCGGGACGGCUGCGCUGCGCUGGAUCACCCAGUAGACAUGAUGAACAUCAAGGCCUUCACCUUGGUCUCUGCAGUGGAGCGGGAGCUGCUGACAGGUGACAAGGAGCACAUCAGCAUCGAGUGUGUGGAGUGCUGUGGCAGGAAUCUCUACGUCGGUACCAAUGACUGCUUCAUUUACCACUUCCUGUUGGAGGAGAAGGCCAUGCCUACCGGGACGACCUCGUUCACUGCCACCAAGCAGCUGCACAGACACCUGGGCUUCAAGAAGCCAGUGAACGAGUUGUGUGCGGCCUCAGCUCUCAAUAGGCUUCUGGUGCUCUGCGACAACUCCAUAACCCUGGUUAACAUGCUGAACCUGGAGCCAGUCCCCUCGGGAGCCCGCAUCAAGGGGGCUACAACAUUUGCAGUGAACGAGAACCCUGUGAAUGGGGACCCUUUCUGCGUGGAAGUGUGCAUCAUCUCUGUGAAGCGCCGGACCGUCCAAAUGUUUCUGGUGUAUGAGGACCGAGUACAGAUUGUCAAGGAAGUAUCUACUCCAGAGCAGCCUCUUGCUGUGGCUGUGGAUGGCUACUUCUUGUGCCUGGCCCUGACCACCCAGUACAUCAUCCUGAACUACAGCACAGGCCUUUCCCAGGACCUGUUUCCCUACUGCAGUGAGGAGAAGCCACCCAUUGUCAAGAGGAUAGGCAGACAGGAGUUCCUGCUGGCUGGCCCCGGAGGCCUGGGCAUGUUUGCCACUGUGGCCGGGAUUUCCCAGCGUGCUCCUGUGCACUGGUCAGAGAAUGUGAUUGGGGCAGCUGUUUGCUUCCCCUAUGUCAUAGCACUGGAUGACGAAUUCAUCACGGUUCACAGCAUGCUGGAUCAGCAGCAGAAACAGACCCUGCCCUUUAAGGAAGGUCACAUCCUGCAGGACUUUGAAGGAAGAGUGAUUGUUGCCACAAGUAAAGGAGUUUACAUCUUGGUUCCAUUACCUCUGGAAAAACAAAUACAGGAUCUGUUAGCAAGCCGGAGAGUGGAGGAGGCUUUGGUUUUAGCAAAAGGAGCCCGGAGGAACAUUCCAAAAGAGAAAUUUCAGGUAAUGUACAGGCGGAUUCUGCAGCAGGCAGGCUUUAUACAGUUUGCACAACUCCAGUUCCUGGAAGCCAAAGAGCUCUUCAGAAGCAGCCAGCUGGAUGUCCGGGAGCUGAUCUCUCUCUACCCCUUCCUGUUGCCCACCUCCUCCUCCUUCACCCGGUGCCACCCUCCUCUUCACGAGUAUGCAGACCUGAACCAACUGACCCAAGGCGAUCAGGAGAAGAUGGCCAAGUGCAAGCGCUUCCUCAUGAGCUACCUGAAUGAAGUCCGCAGCACAGAGGUAGCAAAUGGCUACAAGGAAGACAUCGACACGGCCCUGCUCAAGCUGUAUGCAGAGGCUGACCACGACAGCCUACUGGACCUCUUGGUCACUGAGAACUUCUGCCUGCUGACCGACAGUGCUGCCUGGCUGGAGAAGCACAAAAAGUAUUUUGCACUAGGACUGCUCUAUCAUUACAAUAAACAAGAUGCCUCUGCAGUUCAGUUGUGGGUGAACAUUGUGAAUGGGGACAUCCAGGACUCCACACGCUCAGACCUGUAUGAAUACAUCGUUGAUUUUCUUACCUACUGCUUAGACCAAGAGCUGGUGUGGGCCCAUGCUGACUGGCUGUUGCAGAAAAGUGAGGAGAUUGGAGUUCAAGUUUUCACCAAGAGACCCCUGGAUGAGCAGCAACAAACUAGUUUUAAUCCAGAUGACAUUAUUCGUUGCCUUAAGAAAUACCCUAAAGCCCUGGUUAAAUAUCUGGAGCAUCUUGUCAUCGACAGGAGACUGCAGAAAGAGGAGUACCACACCCACCUCGCCACCCUCUACCUGGAAGAAGUGCUGCGGCAGAGGGUAGCCACUGACAGCAAGGACAUAGAAGCCACUGAGACACAGGUCAAACUCCGGAGGCUGCUCCAGAAGUCUGACUCAUACCGUGUCCACUUGUUGAAAGAGAAGAUCCAGGACGCUGGCCUGCCCAUGGAGAGCGCCAUCCUCCACGGGAAGCUGGGCGAGCACGAGAAGGCCCUGCAUAUCCUGGUGCAUGAGAUGGGGGACUUCUCUGCAGCUGAGGACUACUGCCUCUGGGGCUCUGAGGGUCAGGACACAGCCUGCCGUCAGCACCUUUUCCACACACUGCUCGCCAUGUACCUCCGCGCAGGCCCCUCUGCCCACGAGCUGACUGUGGCUGCUGUGGACUUGCUGAACCAUCACGCCAGGGAAUUUGAUGCCACCCAGGUCCUGCAGCUGCUGCCUGACACCUGGUCAGUGCAGCUUCUCUGCCCGUUCCUCACAGGGGCUAUGAGGGACAGCAUCCAUGCCAGGAGGACCACACAGGUGGCUCUUGGCCUGGCCAAGUCAGAAAACCUGAUUUACAUGUAUGAUAAGAUGAAGCUAAAGGGAAGUGCAGUCCGGCUCUCAGAAAAAAAGCUUUGCCAGCUCUGCCAGAACCCUUUCGGUGAGCCUGUGUUUGUCAGAUACCCAAAUGGAGGGCUCGUGCACACCCACUGUGCUGCCAGCAGACACACGACCCCCAGCUCACCCAGCCCUGGCACUCGGACUUGAGAAGCGCGGUUCCAGGCUGCAAUGGGGAUUCUGAGUUCUUUUCCAAAUCUGCUUUGUGCCAGCCAGCCAGAACAAAGGGAAGGAAGGCAUCUGGGUGCCAGGGGAGUGGUAUCCUUGGGAAAUGAGGGCACCUCACCACUGAUUGUUCUUUGUGUGAAUGUAAACAGAAGAGGCCUGAAACCCCAAGAAUAGUGACAGGCCAGAGACUACCCGUCCAGGAGGUUACCGUCAUCCAAAGCACAAGCCAACUUUGAAAAGCAGGCAGUGUAACCUGGGUGAUCCGGACACAGGUGGGGCCCAGAAAUGAGACUCAGGCAAGUGUCCAGGGUGCAGAGUCCUGAGGUGGGCACCUUGCCUUCUGAGGAGGUGUGCUCUUCACAGAGUCUCUGCAUCUGCCGCGAAAGUGGGCAUAGUUUCUGUUCUCCCCAUCCAGCUGUCAACCUCCAAAACCCUUUGCCUUGUUCACUUAAGCACUCAGUUGGUGUAAGGUCCUAUGCAUCGGACUGCCUAGCACAUGGAGAUCUAUUUAGAAACAGAUAAAGCUUGAAGCAGGCGGGAUGGUGAAAUGGUUUGGUGGGCAGAGGCACUUGCCACCAAGCCUGACAACCUGAAUUCAAUCCCCGGAUCCUAUAUGUGGGAGGAGAGAACUCCCAUAGGCUGUCCUUACACACACACACACACACACACACACACACACACACACACACACACACACACACACACACACACACAGGGAAAAGAAAAAGAGAUCUAAGUGGGAAGCUGCUUUGCCCGUCCUGAAGACUGCAACAGAGAGGGGACCCAGGCUGUAUGAUGGCCAGUAACAGGUUGGUUUCCAUCCACUUGAUUGGAAACCUCUUGAUGGGCAUACACAGCUAAAUAUUAUCAUUUGAAUUCACAUUAUCUGUGUAGUUUUCUCUCGUUUGGAAUUUCCUCAGCCAUUUUCAUUACAGAUAUUCCUUUCCUCACUGAAGUGUACCUCCUAAUGACUACUUGGGAACAUCAAAGGGAAAGAGUAAACCGAUGAGCCUUCCAGGGGAGGCUGGCAUCGGCCUCCGCCCUAUAGCCGUCCCUGUUUCCCGACGGUGUUUCCGAGGGGCCUCAGGAGGCAUUCUGGCCGGGCCACCUGCUCUGCCGGCACUUUCUGUGCCUGCCGAGCUUUCCUGAACGCUCAAAGGAAAGGCCUCAUCCACGACCAACCGGACUUGGUGAUUCUGUGUCGUGUCACAGAAGCUGCAGCUCUUGCCAUUUCACUGCCCUCCUUCAAGUCAUCCAGCCGUCGUCAGGAUGCUGGUUCUGAGAGCCUCAGGGCAGACAGCACACCCUCUUCUGUGAUCGGUGGGCUGACAGGUCACACCCUCCCUCCACGCCAGCCUCCCCUCGGUGCCCACUCUCCACACGAUGCUCCCUGUACUUACAAUGAUCAGUGUGUUCCUUUCCUCUUGGGAUUCUGAGUAAGCCAGGAAGUAAAAGCGUCUAUUACCCCGUUCAAGGGACUGACACCCUGUUGAGUGUCUAAGAAUAAAUGAAGUCUCCUUGCAGCUCCCCUGUGUCCCAAGGAUGACUGAGAACACUCUCCUCACUGCAUAAUAUUACAACCUAUGAAUUGGCAUCUUAAUUCCCAAAGAACAAGUUACCCCGUGAGCAGUGUCAAACCUAAAAGCGCUGUUCUCCCUGCACAAAAUGGUUCAGUCUCAGAAAGGGCGCAUGACUGCUCACUCCUAACAUGGGGACACUAGUCUCUUCUCUGAGUAUUGAGCGACAAAGUUGAACAGUCCAACCCCCGCCAAAUCCUUUAAUGCAAACAGUUCUACAAGGCGAAGAAUCACCUCAUAUGUUGCGAAUCAUAUCUCCUCAACUCUCCCAAGGGCCGUUUCUCAAAUCCCAUUUUAAAGAUGAACACAUGGUCCCAUCACAGCCCUGCUCACAGCCGGUGACUGUCCAUUGAGCGGUGCCAUGACAACCGGCCUUUUUCCUCCCUUUAGGCUCUGUGCAAGCUUCCUACUUAGAGCAGCAUGGGCUGAGAUUGGUUCACAUUCAUAACUGACGGGCGGGACUGUUUAAUUCGGGGGAACUGUUUACCUGCUGCUGCCUACCAGGUGUUAACGGAGGCCCGUCACCUGGUGUGUGGGCACCGGGUGUGGGCACAGAGCUGAGAGGUCUCAUGAGCCAUGCUUGACACUCUGGAGCACAGAGCAGUGAGUGCUCGGUCACACUGUCACUUGUCACCUGUUGCACAACUGGGGCAGCCCUUGCUGUCUGCUUGCUCUCCCACAGGAACCUCUGUCCUCAUAGCUUCCUUUGCCUCUUAAUGGGUCCCAAAUCCCCAAGGUGUACAAAUGUAAACUUGUUGAUUUUAUUAAAAUUCUUCUAAUUCUU